CCACCCGUCAUCUGCACUAACGGCUAUCACUGCAUCACUCCCAAAACUCUAUCCCGCAGCAAUGGCAACCACCAUGCCGCUAACCUUCUCCCCGCCACGCCUCCUCCACCGCCAAGCCAAGCUCCAGCAACCACGCCCCGCCACUCGCAUCGCGCUCCACCCACGCCGGGGAACGGCCGCCGCGCGGCUCCGCUGCGCCCCCGACGGCGAGGUCGCGACCCCAACCGCCGAGCAGCAGGCGGAAGAGGAGGAGUUCGUGCUUCUCGCGUCCAACCGCAGCGACUUCAACGAGGUCAUCAUGGUCAUCGACUCCCCCUCCAACCGCUACCUCGUCCUCGACGCCAGCCGGAAUGUCCACAGCAUUCUGCCCAAGAAGAGCCCCUGGACCAAUUCGUACUGGGAUGAGUUCGUGAGCCUACCUCCUGUUGUUCCACGGGGUCCUGUUGCACUUCUAGGUUUGGGUGCUGGGACAGCAGCACAUCUGAUGCUAGAAGUUUGGCCUUGGAUACAACUUGUCGGAUGGGAGAUUGACCCGAUGAUAAUUGAAUUGUCAAGGGAUUAUUUUGGGAUGUCCAAUUUAGAGAAAACCACAGAAUUAGGUGGUUCGCUUUCAGUGCGUAUUGGCGAUGCACUUUCUCCAUCAGUUGCAGUCGAAGGAGGUUUUGCUGGCAUUGUUGUAGAUUUGUUUGCUGAUGGAAAAGUAUUACCUCAGCUAGAAGAAGCUGAAACUUGGUUAGAAAUUGCGAAAAAGCUAAUGCCAGAUGGUCGAAUCAUGGUCAAUUGUGGUGGAGCGGAUACUGCUGUGUCUCUUGCUGCUGAUACGGGUGUUUCUUCCUGGGUUCAGAAUCCUACAAUCAAGGCCCUAUGCUCUGCAUUUCCUGGGCAACUAAACUGGAAGAGGCUUUCAGAGAAAGAGAGUGUGAAUUAUGUCGCACUGACGGGUCCCCUUCCAGACUUGGAGGAGUGGUCAACAUCAGUUCCUAGCGAGUUAAGCCCAAGAGUGAAACAGUGGGUGCCUUGCGAGCUUGCGUGAGGAUGGAAAUUUUGUUCUUGUUGUGUACUUGCUUGAACAACUUUGUCCAUCUCCUUCCUACAUGGUCCUUUUCAGUUGAGCGGUGGCUUCAGCCAGUAGCCAUCUGCGUAGGUAUCAUAUCAGCGCUCGCAUGUUCAUGGAAAAGCAGAAGGGUGACCUGUCUGGCCCCAAUUUUUGCUCUUGAAGUCUGAAAAACAGAAGAAAGAAGUCGUCUCACUAAACGGAGCUGAUGCGUCCUAUCCUGAAAUCAUGUCAAGAUAACCGUGCCGGGUGUGACCUCUGAAAGCCCGGCGCUGCACUUUUGUCAUGUCCUGCUUUUAAUUUGCAAUUUAGCAUUCAUCAUUCCAUGUCUUGGCAGUGUCAUGAAGUGACAACUUCGUUUGUCUGUCUAGACCGUUGACUGGCAAUCACUGUUCGUUGGUAUCAUUCGCUGAUGGCUAGACGUUA